AUGGCUUCAUUUUUUUUUUUUAUUCCUCCUCCUUUCUUUAGUCCUCCUCCCUCUGCCUCUUUCUUUAGUCCUCCUCCUUCUUUCUUUAGUCCUCCUCCUUCUUUCUUUAGUCCUCCUCCUCCUGCUUCUUUCUUUAGUCCUCCUGCUUCUUUCUUUUGUCCUCCUCCUCCUGCCUCUUUCUUUUGUCCUCCUCCUCCUUUCUUUAGUCCUCCUCCUGCCUCUUUCUUUAUCCUCCUCCCUCUGCCUCUUUCUUUAGUCCUCCUCCUUCUUUCUUUAGUCCUCCUCCUUCUGCUUCUUUCUUUUGUCCUCCUCCUUCUUUCUUUAGUCCUCCUCCUCCUGCCUCUUUCUUUUGUCCUCCUCCUUCUUUCUUUAGUCCUCCUCCUGCCUCUUUCUUUAGUCCUCCUUUUGAUGAUUUUUUUAUUUCUCCUCCUCUUUUCUUUAUCCCUUCUUCUCCUUCCUUUAUUUCUCUUCCUCCUGCUGAUUUCAUUAUUCUCCCUCCUCCUUUUUCCACCUAUUUCAUUAUCCCUCCUUCAUCUUUUUUGUUCCACUCCCUUCUUCCUUUCACCUCGUCUUUUGUCUGAUUCAUUCUUUAUUCAUUUGUUUUUUGGUCCUACCCCUUCCUUCAACUCAUUCUUUAUUCUUUCCUUCUUCUCCUCCUCCCUUAUUCUUUGUUUCUCCUCCUCCUCCCUUAUUCUUGUUUUCUCCUCCUCCUCCCUUUAUUCUUGCUUUCUUCUCCGACUCCUCUAUUUUUCUUCUUUCUCCACCACCUCCAUUCUUGCUUUUUCUCCUCCAUUCUUACUUUCUCUUUCUCCUCCUCCUCCUCCUCACUACUUCUUUCUCUUUCUCCUCCUCCUCACUACUUCUUUCUCUUUCUCCUCCUCCUCACUACUUCUUUCUCUUUCUCCUCCUCCUCACUACUUCUUUCUCUUUCUCCUCCUCCUCCUCUACUUCUUCUUUCUCUUUCUCCUCCUCCUCCUCCUCCUCCUCUUUCUCCUCCUCACUUUCUUUCUCUUUUCUCCUCCUCCUCCUCACUACUUCUUUCUCUUUCUCCUCCUCCUCACUACUUCUUUCUCUUUCUCCUCCUCCUUCUUUCUCUUCCUCCUCAUUCUGUUAUUUUAUUUUACUGGUACUUUCAACCUUGUCGCACCGUUUCAGCUGAUGCAUUUUGCAGCAGUAGAGUUCAUCCAGUACAAACGAUGCACAUGA